AUGUUUGGGUCAUUCCUCCAGCCUCAAGUCUUCUCCGGACUGUGCUGCCACCCCGCUCUCCUCCCACCCCCCAGUGAGCGAGUCCCCUCCACCCUCACACCCUCAGGGGCCUGGAUCUUGCUCCAAAUCCAAGGCCGGGCUCAUCACAGCUCCUGCCGCGGGGCCUCCCUCGAUGUCCCACUGACUCUGUGUGAGAGAGUUGGAGGCUGGGACCCUCUCCGGAGCAGGGGUCAGGGAGGGGUGUGUCGAGGCGGGACAGGCCAGCUGCUGGAGGGCAGAGUUGGAGGAGCAGUGUCCCGGGAGCAGAAGGGUACGGGGACAGAGGAGGAGGGGACGGAGGAGAUGGGGAGCAGGAAGGACACCUCUGUACCCUACAUUCUGCACCUGGCGCAGGCUCGGGAGCUGGCAGCCGGCCAGUCCUCCUACUUCCCCAUUUCACCCUGA